AUGGCGGCGUCCGGCCCCGUGCAGGGGAGCGGCAAUUGGUUUUCGGCUUUGGCGCUCGGAGUGAGUCUCCUCAAAUGCCUGCUCAUUCCCACCUACCGUUCUACAGAUUUUGAAGUACACCGAAACUGGCUUGCUAUCACUCACAGUUUGCCGCUAUCACAGUGGUAUUAUGAGGCAACCUCAGAGUGGACCUUGGAUUACCCGCCUUUCUUUGCAUGGUUUGAAUAUGUCCUGUCUCAUAUUGCCAAAUAUUUUGACCAUGAGAUGCUUCAUGUCCAUAAUCUGAACUACUUCAGCACAAAGACCUUACUUUUCCAGAGAUUUUCUGUCAUCUUUACGGAUGUUCUCUUUGUGUAUGCUGUCCACGAGUGCUGUAAGUGCGUCGGUGGGAGACGAGCGAGCAGGGAGCUCACCGAGAAGCCACAGUUCAUUCUGUCCGCGUUGCUGCUCUGGAACUUCGGGUUGUUGGUCGUGGACCACAUCCACUUUCAGUACAAUGGGUUUUUGUCUGGGCUAAUGCUGCUCUCCAUCACACGGCUAUUUCAGAAAAGGCAUAUGGAAGGAGCAUUUCUCUUUGCCGCCCUCCUGCACUUCAAGCAUAUCUAUUUGUACGUGGCGCCUGCAUAUGGUGCAUAUCUGCUGCGGUCUUACUGCUUCACUGCAAACAAGCCAGAUGGCUCUGUCCAGUGGAACAGCUUCAGCUUUAUCCGUGUUACUUCCCUGGGACUCAUUGUGUUUCUAGUUUCUGCACUUUCAUUGGGUCCUUUCCUGGCUUUGAACCAGCUGCCACAAGUCUUUUCCCGGCUCUUUCCCUUCAGGAGGGGCCUCUGCCACGCAUACUGGGCUCCAAACUUCUGGGCUUUGUACAAUGCUGCAGACAAGGUGCUAGCCAUCAUCGGUUUGAAACUGAAACUUCUUGAUCCCAGCAAGGUCCCCAAGGCUUCCAUGACAAGUGGUUUGAUUCAGCAGUUUGAACAUGCAGUGCUUCCCUCAGUGACUCCCUUGGCAACCCUCGUCUGCACUCUGGUUGCCAUAUUGCCCUCUGUCUGCUGUCUCUGGCUUAAGCCCCAAGGGCCCAGAGGCUUUCUCCGAUGUCUGAUCCUCUGUGCCUUGGGCUCCUUCAUGUUUGGGUGGCACGUCCACGAAAAGGCCAUUCUGCUCGCAAUUCUCCCGAUGAGCCUUUUGUCUGUGGAAAAAGCAGGAGACGCCUCCAUCUUUCUGAUUCUGACCACAACGGGACACUACUCGCUCUUCCCGCUGCUCUUUACUGCACCAGAACUUCCCAUUAAAAUCUUACUCAUGUUACUAUUCACUACCUACAGUAUUUCUUCACUGAUGACACUAUUCAGAAAAGAAAAACCUCUUUUUAAUUGGAUGGAAACUUUCUACCUCCUGGGCCUGGUGCCUUUGGAAGUGUGCUGUGAGUUCGUGUUCCCUUUUACCUCCUGGAGGCUUGAGUACCCCUUCACCCCUCUGUUGCUGACUUCAGUGUAUUGUGCUGUGGGCAUUACAUAUGCGUGGUGCAGGCUGUAUGUUUCCAUGCUGACUAGCCCUCCUGCUGGCAAGACGAAGAAGCAGUGAAUAAAGGAGCUGCUUGGAAGAAGGCCAACAGCUGCUUCUUGGGAAAUUAAUCUGAACCUGAAGACGGCUGCCAGGGGCUUGAGCCAUUCCUCUCAGCAGGUCUGUCGAGAGGGCCUUUCUUCCACACUUGGCCCUGCUCAGCCCAGCAACCCCACUGUCACCGUGGCGAGAAGCCUUGUGACCUCCUUAAGCAGUGAAACACAUCUGAAAAGAAGCUCGCCUUCCUCUCCAGGUUGCCGGAUAUAUUAGACUGCCCUGCUCACUGAAGAAAACAGGGAGUCCAAUGAACAGCAUACUUAUUUGUAGCCCAUGCUGCCUAUUGCAAGGAUAUAAAAUAUAAUUGCAGUCUUAAAUUGAGAGCAAGAUAAAUAAAAUGCCAUUUUGUAUUUCUA